AUGUCUGUGGUUCUGUCCACUCGACUAUGGUCUGCGCUCGGUGUGUGUUACGCUGAGUUGGGUGUGCGCGUCCCAAAGACCACGGGAUCAGCCUACACCUACAGCUACGUCACCGUGGGGGAGUUCGUGGCCUUCUUCAUUGGCUGGAACCUGAUUCUGGAGUAUUUGUUCGGGACGGCAGCUGGGGCCUUGGCGCUCAGCAGCAUGUUCGACUCUCUGGCCUGA